AUUUCUCAGGUGAGACUAUGGGCUUUGCAGGGAGGCUAAAUUACAAUCUGGAGUAAAUUGAUAGGUCUCUGUUGGUAUUAUGUACUUAGGUACUCAGUGCCAGAAAUGCAACAGCAUUGAUUUGAGGAGGGACUUGAGUACCAGAGGGUUUUUUCAGUGGUUAAAGGGUUUAUCUAAUCUCCUUCAGUUGAUGACUCAGUGGGAAAGAAAUUGUAAGUGAGGAAUUUGAAGAGGAAACUGAAUAAAGGGUUAGGCAAAGACACAAAGCAUCUGUUCCCAGCUGUGCUGCUGCUCUGGGUUGGCUGGGGCCAGGCACAUCAUCAUGUUGCAACUGUUCCCCUUGUCUCUUGUGCAUCCUGUCAGCAUUAAGACGUAAACUUUUUCAAGCAAAGACUGCAGUGCCCUAUCCUACCUCAUCUGUCAUCUCACCUAGGACUUCUAGUUUUUACUUGAAAACAAUAAUUUGCAGGUAGAUUCCGCUUAAAAAAAAGUCACUGCCCCUAUUGGGAGGGCAUGAGAGACACCUUAGAAUGUUCCUUGAUUAUUCUACUAUGAGAAGACAGGUAAAUGAUAUUUCUGAUAACAUUUCUCAAGUGAUUACUUUUGUGGUUCUUUCUAAUCCAACUUCCAUUGUUAACUUUGGUUUCUAUCUUUUCUGGUAAACACUUCUUUCUUCUUGCAGUCGAAACAAACGUUGCUUCUCCUGGUGCUUGAGAUCUCAGAGGCUUAUGUGGUUGAAAGUAUUUCUCAUGAAGCAAGGGAAACAGGCACUUAACGCUAUUUACAAAGAAGGAACGGCCAGAAAUUAAGUGGACCGGGAGUCAUAAUUAAAGCUGUUUGUUAACUACCACUUGUGUGCUGAGCUUAGUCAGAGAUUAGAUUCAGGUUAUGGGAAGUGUUCUCUGAAGAAAUGUAAAAGCACUUGAAAGCUGAGGACUGGCUUAUGAAAACAAAAGUACCUCAUUAUUGAUCUUUUCCAGCUCUCUCCUCUUCAUCUGUGUAUGGAGAAGAUACGCUAGGGACUCUGGGUGAAAAGACUCUAUAUGCACUUAAUUAUGUUAUUUAAAUUGCGUCUGUCUAUAUCAGCUGGUCCAAAGAAGGAUACAUCCUCUCCUCACUCCCUAAACAGCUGAGGAAUCUGAUAAUUAGACCACUGUUGAAUCACAAUGUACUUUAUUGACAAAAUGGAUUAAUUCCCACAGGCACUCAAGUAGUUGCCUAUUUUAUGUGGAUAAAUUAAAAUGAUAGCCCCACUGCAACCGCUGGUGCUUCUGCAGUACUUCUCAGGAGUAAGUCUCAGCGUGCUUUAAGGAGGAGGUCAGCCUUGCCAGGAAACUGAGACACAAAGCAGUCAAGCGAGAAGGCAGUGGCCGAGUUGGAAUCCAGAAGCCCAGCUCUCCCCUAAGAGAGUUGACCUCGUGUUGCUCUUGUCGUGCAAACAUCAACUUCCUUUCAUGAUAAGCCGGGGAGCUGGGAGCAGCGUGAGGCACCCCGUCUCACCAUGGGAACUAACCCUCGGGCGGCAGCCGUUGCCCUUGACUUGGAAGUCGUUACUCUUUUAGCAGUAGCUCCCUGGGAAGCAAAGUUCCCCGUGCAGGAUGACAGGAACCUGCCCUUGGCAUGGCUGGUGGGAAGAAUGCAGACGAGCUCGUGAAAAGGUAUAGCACAAAGCUGCAGGAUUCCCUGAGAAGAUCCCUCAAGUUUGCUUGCCAGACCUGAAAUGCCACUAGUGAAUCAUCAAGGUAAUGUUUGCCAUCAUUUUAAAUGUGAUCCUUUGGGUUCCCCACGUCCAGGCAGUGUGGGCCUGUGUGCGGUCCUGCCCAGCCAACUGCGUGUGCACCCAGGAGCGGAGCUGCUCCGUCCUCUGUGAUCGUGCUGGUCUGGGGCAGAUCCCUAGUCAGUUCCCUUGCGAAGCCUCCUCUAUCAACUUGGACAAAAACAGUAUCAAGUUCCUCUCCGAGAGGGCCUUUGGGACCUUGCCUUCUCUCAAAUCCCUGUCGCUCAACCACAACAAUAUCUCCUUCAUCACCCCAGGGGCUUUCAAGGGACUGCCCAGCUUGACCGAGCUGAAGAUGGCCCACAACGAAUAUAUUCGCUAUCUCCACACGCGGACCUUCACUGCUCUCAGACGGUUGGUCAAGCUAGACCUGGCAGACUGCAAUCUUUUCAACAUCCCAGACAGGAUCUUCAUUGAGCUGCCUGCUCUGCAGGAGCUCUUCUGCUUCCAGAACAACUUCCGGAGGAUCCCAGGUGCCAUCAGGGGCAUGGAGAACCUGACACAUGUUUACCUGGAGAGAAAUAGGAUUGAAGCAGUAGCCUAUAAUUCCCUGCAGGGCCUGACCAAGCUGAAAUACCUGAAUCUGCAGGACAACAGGAUAAAUGUCAUUCAUGAACGAGCUUUUCAGGGCUGCCAGAAGAUGGAGUACCUGUACCUGAAUGACAAUUUGAUCAGUGAGCUUCCAGAAAACUCCUUCGAUGGGCUGAGGUGCCUGAAGAUGCUCAACCUGGGGGGGAAUUUCCUCAGGAAUGUUUCCAACACCUGGUUCAGGGACCUGGGGGAGCUGGAGGUCCUCUACCUGGACCGCAACAGGAUCAACUACAUUGAGGAAGGAGCUUUUGAAAACCUCACCAGCCUGGUCGCGUUGCACUUGAACAGCAACAACCUGACGACGCUGCCCUUUUCUGUCUUCCAGCCGGUGUACUUCCUGGGGCGACUGUACCUCUUCCGCAAUCCCUGGGAGUGCGACUGCCGAAUCGAGUGGCUGAAGGAGUGGAUGGAGAAUUACAGGCUUGUCAGGGAUAUUCCCUGUGCGUCCCCCUCCUCAGUAGCUGGGAUUGACCUGAUGGACGUGCUCUAUGAGAGAUCGCCAGAAGGUUACUGUCUUGAUCCAGUGGAGCUGAACUUCACAUCUGAAGGCCCAACCCCAAGUGAAGAGCCUUGGUCUACCACAGAGAGCAAGUUCAACAGCCUUAUCUCCAAACUCUUGCUCCAGAUGGGCCUUCCUGAGGAGGUGGCAAACACCACCGAAGUCUACAGUAAUACCACACAGCUGGUGGGACUGACUGAUGGGGUUUCUUCUGGGGUGGGGGAAGACAAUGUUGAGGCUGUCUCCUUCUCUUUUUACCUCCCAGUGCUUUUUACAGUGAUUGUUUUGCAGCGCAAAUAGUCCAAGGGCUGCCUGGAGCAUGGGUCCUGCUUAAGCAUUUAGUCCCUGUACCUACCUAGUCAUUAGGGAAAGGUUCAUAUUGUGGGCCUUGGAUACAUAUCUGGCUCCAAACUCUCUUGAGCUGUGUUGGUUGGAUCUGGCUCCAGAUUUCUCUGGGUGUUGGUGGGAUCUGGUUGAAAGCUGGGUCCCACUCUGGGUGAGAAACCUGUCCUGUGGGGUCUCAGAGCCUCCCAGACGCUUGCAGGGCUGCGUAGAAGAUGCGCAAUGAAAGAAUGGCCGUAGGGCUAAGUUUUGCUUAGAGGUAUGUAAUGUCCCCUGCUGGGAGUGGACAGAAGAGGAUUCUGUACAAAUGAUGAUGUGGCACUGUUUAUUCCAUUGGGCCUACUUCAGUUGACCCAACCAUUGACUUUAUGAGAGCAAAACGAGGCAGCAAAACCAGAUCCCCUCCACAUAUCCUGACAGACACGGCUGGUGCUGCUGAAGGCUUGCAGACUAUUCCUGAUUUCCACCAGCGUGUGUGUGGGAGCAGGACUGUCCUGGGUACCAUCUUGGGACACAGCACUAGCCCUCAUGAACAGGAGAACAGCACCUGGGGAGGGUGCCUGCCCGAGGCGGGUCUGGGAUAGGCACAGUGUUUUGGACACGUCUACAGACAGGAUUUUGAUCCUUUCUUCCCCUGCUAUCCGGGCACAGGUGCAGGAGGACCCAUGUUUGUCAAAACAUUUAUCUGAGGAAAAGCUAUUUCAAUGUAAGGGCUUACUUAUUAACAUCCAUUUCAAAUGUGUUUUUAAUUUUCAAUGACUAUUUAUUUCAAGGAAUAUAUUGGGUUUUUUAUUUGUAGAUUAUUUCAUGGCAUGACAGCACGGGCAGAACAGGGUGAUGACAAAUGCCACCAGGCCCUACUAACUAUUUUGUAUUUCCACCACUAAUAUGUACUACCUACCAUGUCAACUACGUUGUACAAACCAACUAUGCUGUCAUUUUCUUUUCUAUGGCAUCUUACACGUCUUAUCUUUGAAAUCUUCAGUGAAAGCUGCUACUGUGACCAGAAAUAAUUAUAUUUUCUCUAUUAGAGCACAUUAAUAAAAUAAUUUGAUAUUUUGUUCUCAAAGAUAAAAGACCUAAUUACUCUGGUGGUUUUUUUGUAGGCUACUCAAAUGGGUAUACAUGAAUGUCAUUUUUAUGGUCUAGAGCAAAUGGCAAGCUAUUUAUUGCAGCAUAAAUAGACACUUUGACUUAGAACAUGACUGUGCUUACAUUUAUGUUAAGUAGCAAUGCUUUAUAAAGUGACUAUAUAGAAAUACACUUCUGUGACAUUUAAACUAUAUUAAUUCAUUAUAUAUGUCUUAUCAUACUAUG